AUGUGGAACGUACCUAGUCCCGUGUCCUCUGCCAUAUUAUUCGUGAUCUCCAGCAUUGGACCGUUGACUUGGUACAUUCCCAAAUAUUUUGCCGACAUCGUAGUCGGCAUCGUAGGCACAGAAUUACAACCUAUCAAAGUGAAAAAACCUUCCAUUCCCGUCCUCGAUCACGCCAUAUUCAAUGAAUUAGAGCAGAGGAUGCACAUGUCAGCUCAUGGGAAUCUUCUUCCUAGGCUUCAAACCCGUGACUCAUUUGUGAUCUCCGUCAUCCCAACCCACCUUGUGUCUCGUUCUUUGGGGCCCUGUGUCCGGCUUAAGUCGUAA